CCGUAGUUGUAAUAAUCCAAUAUGGCAGCACCCUUGAGGUCGUUUUGUACUACAGUUUUAAGGCAGUCUGUUCGCCCGUUUUCUUCAACAUGUGUCACCCGUGCUGGCAAGAAAUGGAGAAUUGAAAAUGGUUUAGCAUGCAGUGGAUCAGAGUAUGGCCCAUUAACAGAUCUUCCUGACUGGUCCUAUGCAGAUGGAAGGCCUGCACCUGCAUUGAAAGGACAGAUACGCAGACAAAAGCAAAGAGAGGAGUUUGCGAGACGAGCAGUGUAUCUGAAUGCAGAGCUGGAUAAAGGAAUGGAGCAAUGGCAGAAAAGAAAGAACGAGCAGAGUGAGAAAGAAGAGCGAUUGAGAUCAUUAAUGCUGAAACCUAAAGGCAAUUUAUUAUUAAAGAACAAAAAAUAAA